UGACUUCAGUACAUCCAAUCUAUAUCCAUCCGCCUCCGGUCGGCAUAGUACCAGUGGCAUAGUACAUUGCAUUCGGUGGGUGGAUUACUCCAAACGUUUUAACUGAUAUUGAAACUACCAUUUCAAACCUAUGAAACAAAAAUUUAAUUGAAUAUGUAUAUAUAAUGUUAUUAUGUACAAUAAGAAUAGAAAGACACAUUUAAUGCAUUUUUGUUACAUUUCACCAUCUAACCCUUUUUAUAAUGGUUUCGUCCUAUGAACUUUCAGCUCCAUGACCCCAACACACACAAAGUAACGUCGAACGAAAGUAUCCUGUAUUUUAAGUUGAAUUCCUUAUUAGGCCCUAUCCACGUCCGCUAAGACUUGUAGAAUCGGCGCUAAGACCCUGCAGUUUACCGACUGUUGUAUCGGGAGGGAUAUCGUGAGUUUGCCGCCAUGUCGGGCGGUGUGAGUAUGCAGGAGUACCUGCUACAGGGGAGCGUGCUGGACUCCUCGUGCGAGACACUGCUGCACAGACUGCGUGGUCUGUCUGAUAACGUGGAGUCCGGCCCGGAGGCGUUUGUGGACCAGGAACAGGUGUACAUCCUGCGCGGCAGCCAGACUCCCCCCGUCCUGCUGAGGGCCAGACGGGCGCUCGACCAGCCUGACUCACUCCCCUGGCAGCUCAGAUAUGUCGGCACUGCCGAGGCAGGGAUAGGUGACAAAAGUCGGAGCACGCUGGUUCGUACCUGCAUCGACGUGGCGACGUCAGACAACGUGACAACGUUCCUGACUGACAUGGGGUUCCGGCUGGACCACGAGUGUGUGGUGAAGGGGUUCCUCUUCACCAAAGGCUGCAUCAAAGUCACCGUCUCCAAAAUAUUCCGCCUCACCGUCCCGGGGAACACGGAGAACCUGGAGCCGCUGUCGCUGUCGCAUCUGGUGGAGCUGAGCGUGGUCUCGCCAUCGGGUCAGGACGAGGUCGCAGACACCAUGAAACUGUUCGCCGAGCAGCUCAAACCCAUCGUGCAGCUGGAGAAGGUCGACCAUCGCAGGCUGCAGCAGGUUUAAACUUUAGAGACAUUUAUAGGACAUUCAGAGAAAACUGCAGGAGAUUCAGAGAAAACUGCAGCAGCUUUACAGAACUUCUAAACUUCUAACUUCUAAAAGCAAGAUCAACCCACAGGACAGAGGCAAGUGGCGGGCUGCCAUCAAGCCCCAGUAACUGUUGCAUUGUGCAAGCACGUCUAACCCUUGGAAGACGAGGAACAACAGACGAUAAACCGGACAGUGGGGUCAGAGAGGGCUGCAGCAGGUGUAAGGAAGACUGCAGGGGGUUUAGACUUUAGAGACGAUUGCAGGAGAUUCGGAAAAAGCUGUGUAAAAGAUUCAGCAGGGCUCUCCCCAAGCAAUGGAGCGACUUGGUUAACCUCUUAUACAUGUAGCCUGUAUAAUGCAUGAUACUAAAAGGCUUACCGAGUCGCCACGGCUAGUGCUGUAUGUGAUUAUACUGUACUCAAAUGUGUGUUGUUACUGCUAACCGUUCAAAUGCAGGGCUCGAAAUAAUGUCUUUUCUGCAUACCUGCACUGAGACAGGUAACAUUAACAAUAACCUGCACCACUCAGACUUUGGGAAGUGUGGAUCGUACUAAAAACUGUGAAGAAACCACCGUGAGUGUGAGUGCCAUUAUUUCUUAUAUGUGGUAACAGUCUGUAUCUGUAUAGCCAGUAUAACUGCCUUUCGGCGUAACACACCAGCUUCGCAGGCACGCGGCGCGGCGGCAGCUGGCUAUA